AUUGCAAGGAUCAAUCCGGGAAAUAUCGAUUCUUUUUCAGACAAGAUUCAAUAAAACAUGAGAAAAUUAUUGUUGAGAGAAAAAUUGCAAUAAAACACAUUAAUCAUACACGUUACCAGACAGUUGACUGGAAAUAUCAUCCAUAUACACCGUAACACAAAGACCUCUUGGAUAGCAACAUUAUCUUAUAAUAUCAUUGGAUUUUACAUGGAAUGUAAUAAAACGAUCGUUAAAUGAUUUAAAGCAAGACUAAAGAGAACUGUAUAGCUUUGGUGUUGAAUUGAUCAAUUCUCAGUAUAGCGGCUUGGGUUAUAGAUAAAUAACAAAGAACAUCACGUAGGGAACCGGAAAGACUUGCAUUACUGAUAGAGAACAAUAAUUUAUGCUUCAUAGUUAACAACAUUAAGCCGUAGUUAUAUGAGGGGAGGACAAUUCAAUUCAAAUACACGAGUAGGGUUACUUAGUUCUGGAUUACACAGUAGAUAUAGGAUAUAUGUUUUAUAAGAGCUUUCGAUGUCCAAGCAAAUAUGCUAUGAUGAUAUAAAAGAAAAUCCGCUCCAUAUUUGAAAUGUCCCAACUAUUAUGUGGAUGUUGACAGCUGCUGAUUGGUCACCUACAAAUAUGUUGACAUGGGUGUCACUUUGUGCUGCCCUACAGUAUCUGGUGCUAAAUUUCCAGAGAGCUGCACAUGCCCAAGUGACACAGGAUCCAGAUACAAACAGUACCACCACCAUAGACCCGUUCCAUGUGCCGAUCGUACUUCCGGAUGAUUUCCACGAGGCCGUUGAUGCCCCGGGUGCCGAAACAUUCGGAAUAACUGCCGUUAUCCUAAUGUGUGUGCCCGUAUUUUUCAUCAUCCUUCUCGACUUUCAUACACUUCAUAUGCAUUACAAGCGAAUGAUGAAGAAAAAUAUAAAGUACUUCAUUAACCAUAUCCAGCAACAGAGGAAACUCAAGGCCCAACGUUUCUCUGAUUUAGGAUCGAGUGGAUCCACCAAGACAUUCAAAAAUCACGCUUUCGAGCAAGAUGAUGAAAAGGACAUUGACGUCAUAAACACGGAUCACGAUAUUCGGUCUCGAAGUGAUUUAGGGAAUAGUCGCAGUAAUGAUAUCAACAGAAGCCGGAGCACGAGUGGAAGAUCACGCGAAAGGAGUGACCAGUCGGUCGCAUCACUACAAAGCAUGGAGAUCGACGAUGAAAUAAACCGUCCCCCGAGCAGAAAAAAUAACUGGAUGUGAAUAAAAAUUCAUUUUAGUGUGUAUGGAACAUAUCAUAUCAUAUAUUUUUGUGAGUUUAUAUAGAUAAUUUUAUUUAUUACUAAGUAUGCACCACGGCCUACCAAAUAUUGUAUAAAUAAACAGCCAUUAAAAAUAAGCUGUGUGACUCAGGGGCCUUCAACAAAAUGGCUGCCUUUAAUAAAGAAUACAAAGUGCAAGAUAAUAAUACAGGUAGUUAAGAUAAUUCCAGACUCCGGGGGAUAUUCUCUGCUAGAAAUACAUCGAUUCAUCACUGAUAGUGCUAUUGGUUCUCAAUUAGAAGGAAAUACAAUAACAGGACGAUUGAAACAUCUAACGUUGAAACAAAAGAAAUAAAUUCUUUACCAACUUCGAUCAACGAUAAACAGAUAAAUCCCUUUAUUGUUAUCAGUCGGAGAUGUCCUUAUGGAUCGAGGCUACUUGACAGAUUUUACAAAUGGGUCGAUUUUUUGGGUUUACGUAACGCUCCCUUUGUGACCUUGAAUAUACUUUAAUUGGUACCCCGUGUCUUCUUUGAACGACUAAGAGGGAGGCGAAAGAGAUGGAGCAAUACGGUUUGUCUGAAGGAGAACAAAUACAUAUUUCAUAUUUCACGAGGGAUAUACCCCAUAUCCAAAAGUGAGCAUCACAAAUACUAAUUUAUCCCAUGACAAGUAUUAUGACUGAUUUUCAAGUUCUUUCUGCUUUAGAGAUUUCUGUUUCUUUGCUAAAGCCUCU